CGCCAUGGCGGAAGAGAGCGGCGAAGAGGGAGGUCAAGUGAAACCAUUUUGGUGCAUGUUAAAAUCAAGCCACUCAAUGGUUUUAUUCCUACAUCCAUAACGGUAACCCUCGCAGACUCGGCUUCCUAAUAGGCUGCCACGACUAAGGCUCGUAUGCAGAUUUUCCAAAUAAUGUCCCGUGAAUCUUCUUCAAUGACGAAAAGAUCCCCAACUUGUAUUUGUGGCAGCGUUGGGACCGAUGGCUUGAUCUUCAUUUCUUUCUAGGCUGUCACCUCUGUAAGGACCUCUCUCUCUCUCUCUCUCUCUCUCUCUCUGUGUGUGUGUGUGUGCGUGUCUGGGGCGAGGGGGCUUCUCGCUGUCCCUGGGUUCGACGGCGUCCUUCGCUUCGGUCUGCUGUUCAAAGAACAUGCUGUCGCUAAACCGUUGAAUUCUUAGGCCUGAUUUGUACAUAGAAGAAACUCUCAUUAUGGAACCUAGUAGCACGGGCACCGUUGCUGUUGAAGGAGAGCCAAAUACUUCCAUCCCCAUGCCCUCUAGCAUGGACCCUGGUACAGUUGAAGCUGCCCAAGAUGGUAUGACGUUAGAGCCCAUGUACAAGGAGCUUCUUUCAACCAGUGGAGAUAUCAACCAAGCACCAUUUCUUGAACCAGCACUUGGGAUGACUUUUGAUAGUUAUAAAGAAGCAGAGCAAUUCUACAAUACCUAUGCUAGGCAUGUUGGUUUCGGAACCAGAAUAAAAUGCACAAGCCGUUCAAAGGUCACUAAUGAGACUAACCGUGUGGUUAUAUGCUGCAACAAGGAAGGUUUUAAACCAACAAGGAAGAUAACCACCUUUUCGAAACCAAUUACCAGAAUUGGUUGUAUGGCGAGGAUGCGGGUUGUCAAGCAAAAUUCUUCAAGGAAGUGGGUAGUGACUGAUCUCCAUCUUCCACACAACCACGUAUGUUCUCCACAUAUGGCACGAUUUUAUAGAUCACACAAGCGCCUAGAAUCUGGAGGUAAGAAGGAGAAUAAAUUAAACUAUGGUACAGGAAAUAAAGUGAAUAAUUCCUUCGACCCAUCAGCCGUAGAAGCAGAAGGGCAUGCGCAUUUAUCUUAUGGCCAGGAGCAAGCAAGAAAGCAUUUAAAGCUUAAGGAGGGUGAUGCAAUUGCGAUUCAAUGGUUCUUCAAGCACAUGCAGUCCAUGAACAAAGGCUUUUACUACUUGAUGGACUUUGAUGCUGAAGGACGACUGAGGAAUGUGUUUUGGUCAGAUGUUAGGUCCAGGGCAGCAUACGAGUACUUUGGAGAUGUAAUUACAUUUGACACAACAUAUCUCACAGAUAGUUACGAAAUGCCUUUAGUUUCGUUUGUUGGAGCAAACCACCAUGGACAAUCUGUAUUGCUAGGAUGUGGUUUACUUGCAGAUGACACAAUAGAAACACAUAUUUGGCUAUUUAGAUCAUGGUUGAAUUGUAUGUCUGGACGACCUCCAAAUGCAAUUAUUUCUGACUAUUCUCAGUCUAUACAAGUAGCAAUUCGUGAAGUUUUUCCUGCAGCUCGACAUCGCCUAUGUUUGUGGCAUAUCAUGAAGAAAAUCCCAUCAAAUUUGGAAGGUUUAGCUGAUUAUAAGGCUAUCAAAAAAGCUUUAAAGAAAGCAGUUUAUGAUAGCAUCAGAAUUGAUGAAUUUGAAAGUUCUUGGGGAAAGUUUACUGAAGACUUCCAACUUGAACAUAAUCAGUGGCUCAGUUCAUUGUAUGAACUUCGCCAUCAAUGGGUGCCAGUUUUUGUAAAAGAUACAUUCUAUGCAGGAAUGUCCAUCAUCCAACGUGGGGAAAGUGUCACCACUUUUUUUGAUGGUUAUGUGCAACAGAAAACAACUUUGAAGGAGUUCAUUGAAAAGUACGAAGUUGCUGUUAAGAGUAGCUAUGAGAGAGAAGCGCAGGCUGAUUUUGAAUCAUACGACACAAUACCAAUUAUGAAGACUCGGCUUUAUUGUGAAAGCCAACUUGCAAAAGUGUAUACAGGAGCAGUGUUUAUGCAGUUCCAGGAGGAGAUAUAUGGCACUUUCAACUGCUAUAAUAUUGAACAUACCAGGACAGGUGCUCAGCUUGCAAUCUAUACACUCAAAGAACGCAUUUUUGACAAGCAUGGCAAUAUGACCGGUGUCAAGGAUUAUGAAGUCCUGUCCAAUGAGGCUGAGAUUGAAUUUCAAUGCAUUUGUCGUUUGUUUCAGUAUAAAGGCAUCCUCUGCAGGCAUGUGUUGUAUGUUCUUAACCAUCUGGGUGUGAAUGAGAUCCCAAAUCGUUAUAUUAUUACACGUUGGAGAAAGGACUUCAAGCGCAUUCAUGCAUUGCAUACUCGCUCUAAUAGUGUGAUGCCAACUGAUGCACUUCAAGGAUAUGAUGACUUGUACCAGCGGUUUAUUCAUCUUGUGGAAGAGGGUUCACUGUCUGCAGAUAGAUAUGAGCUUGCAGUUAAAGGAAUGACAGAUCUUAUGGAUAAGAUCCUCGCUGUAGGUGAAGAUGUAAGUAAAUCUUAUGCAAAAGGUGGUAAAUCACACAAUGCUGGUGAUGCUGAUACUACCAAUAAAAGCAAACGCAUCAAGAACCCUGGAGUUAAUACAACACCUGUCAUGAAUCCAUAUGUUGUACGAGAUCCUUCAAAGGCAUGGCAGCAGGGUCACACUAAGGGAGGACGGCAUAAAUCUGGUGAACUGGGCCCAACCAAUAAGAAGCGUUGAUGUAGUAAGUAUUGGAGGUCUAAUCAGACGUGAAUCUUGCAUGGUGAACAUAUUUAUGGCGGUGCUUUGCUUCAGCAUCAUGGGCUUCUCCAGAUGUCGUGAUCGUUGGUGAUGCCAUUACUUCCCAUUUUGUAGAGGGGGACAAAACAUGCUUCUGCUUCUAAAGUUGCUUGACUGCAGCUCAGAUUUUUCUUCAGACUGCGAAGCACGUACCGUCGGUAGAAUACUUAAUAACUUCAUGGCCACACAUCGGAGCUGCCUCGGACAAAGUCCUUGUUUGUUUCAAGAGGUUGGAGUCCUUGUUUGUUUCAAGAGGUGGGUUUAGUCAAGGCUUUGGAAACACAACCACUUAGGACAUCGAGUUAGUGUAUCACAUCAACAUGUUUCCAAUAGAAACUUCGAAACGUAUGGUAUUGGGCCCUUGCCUGGGAGUAUGUACAAGCCGUUAACUCUUGAAACUGACAACCUGAAUAUCUCAUGUAAAUGAUGUUCAUGUUUUAUGAAAGUCUGAAAGUUUAUGAAAGUUCUUCUGUUUCUGA